AUGGAUUAUGAUACAGACCAAGAUGAUGCCAGUUGCUAUACUGUACAGGAAAGUAAUUUUGAUUAUGAAGAAUUUGAUUGGGAAAAUUUAACUGCACAAGACUGUAACUGUACAAAUUUAUUGCAUCGUUAUUUGAGUGUCUGUGACGGUAUCUGUGAACCGUUGACACUAAAAACAUCAGAUUUUACUGAAAUUGCCAUACUUGGUUUACUGUAUCUAAGUGUUUUUUUGGUCGGUACAAUUGGUAAUGCAUUGGUGAUAUUUGUUGUAAACAGAUUUCGACGUAUGCGUACCGUUACAAAUAUAUUCUUAGCAGCAUUAAGCACUGCUGAUUUGUGCCUAAUAUGGAUCUGUGUUCCAAUUGUGGUAAGUAAUUUUUCUUCCACUAAUUUGUUUUUGCUCUUUUCUUUCUUUUUUUUUUCUUGCAGUUUUUAUAAAUUGCGAUCAAUUUGAUU